AUGCCAAACGGAUGCCAGAAAUGUUGGGAAGAAUUCAAGGGAUGGCUAAAGGCUUUUACGCCCGUAGAAACCUUUUUGACUGUACUAGAAGCUUUACUAUUAGCGGUACUUAUAGUGUUUAUAGUAUUUUUGGUUCUUCAUUUUCUAUCGUGUCGAGGGGAACUGGAGAGUCGUCAGAGUUCGACCUUGGACCCGGCCUUUCAUAUCACGACGGGGGCUCCAAGGUUCUCGACAAGGAGUGUGACUGCAGGGAGUCAUAAUGACACUACCGGGAGGAAAACUCGGCCAACCUGCACUUAUACUAAGGAGCCAAAAAGUACACUGGCUACGACGUCUGCGAACGAAACUAGCGCCUCCUCGAGUCCGUACUUAACCGACGUACCAACGUACGCAACGCCGACGCACCCCGACCAGAUCGUCCCGAUCGAAUCGGACGGCGAGCUAGCCGUCGAGGACGAGAGAAGUCACGUGAUGGCCUUAGUGAAGAUCAAGCCGAGUGGUGUGACGUUCGGGUGCAUUCUGACGGUGGUGGCGGAGCGGUGGGUGCUCACCGCUGCGAGCUGCUUGGAUUCCAUUGAAGAGGUCGACUCUCUAGACAACUUCGUCAUAAUGGAAAACUACGACGCCCUAAACAAGGGUCGAUCUCACGCGGUGUCCGACGUGCGCGUGCAUCCCCUCUACGAGGGCGGCAACAAGUCGUACGACCUGGCGCUGCUGCGGAGUGAGGACGGGCUGGGCAGACCCCCGGUCAAGAUGGCGUCGCUUUUGGAUUACUUCAAGCUGCCUAUGGGGGAGGCGGGGAAUAUAUUGGGCUUUGGGAGGUUCAGAACAAUAGAUCAGAGCGCACCACAGCAAGUCCACUCCGCUGUCGUCCACAUCCUCCCCUCCUCGCACUGCACGCCCCCCGAGUCCCUGACCCUGGAGCGCCACCUGAUCCCGCUGGAGCCGGUAGCCCGCGGGCGCUGCGGGCUCGCGCCGCUCUGCCUCGGCGUGCUGCACGCGCGCGGCGCGCCCUGCAACUUCUGCGCGGGCGCGCCGCUGCUGCGCGCGGGCGCGCUGCUCGGCGUCAUGGCGGACAACGGCCAGUGCGGCGCGGCGUGCGAGCCGGCGCUCUAUGCCAACGUGGCCGCGCAACAACAAUGGAUCCACGCUAGUAUUAGCUAA